AUGAUUAAACUCAAUUUUGAUUGGAGAACAUUUUAUCUUUUCACAAUUGUGUUUAGAUUUAUAUUUGCAUUAUCUGAUUCGUAUAUUCAUCCAGAUGAACAUUUUCAAAGUUUUGAAGUUCUUACGAAUCGAAUCUUGAAUUAUUCAACAAAUAUACCUUGGGAAUUUCAAGAUAAUCCUGCAAGAAGUUUAGGACCAUUAUAUUUAUUAUAUGGACCAUUACUUUAUUUCAUUAAAUUCUUUAAUAUUAAUGUUACUCCUUUACAAAUUUGGUAUUUGGCAAGAUUACAAUUGACAAUUUUAAGUUGGAUCAUUACUGAUACUUGUUUAUAUUGGAUGUUACCUAGUAAACCUGAAAGAAUUAAAGCAAUUUUUUUAACCCUGACUUCAUAUGUAACUUUAGUUUAUCAAACUCAUUUAUUUUCAAAUAGUGUGGAAACAUUAUUAUUAAUAGUUACAAUUACACUUAUUGAUGAUUUGAGAUAUGUUCAAGAAUCAAAAGAUGAAGAAGUGAAAAAUAUGGAUAAAAGUUCAUGUUUAUUCUAUAUUGGAAUCCUUAUAUCAAUUGGAUUAUUUAACAGAGUUACAUUUCCAGCUUUUUUGAUAUUUCCUAGUUGGUUCCUUGUUAGAUAUGUUAUUUCACAUAUCAAGAGUUUUUUCUUUUUAGUUUUGGGAUUUUCUUUAACAACUGUAUCAUUUGUUGUAUUUGACAGUAUAAUGUAUGGAAAGUUAGAUGCCAUUUCUACUGAUCCAUUAAAUUUUUCCAAUUAUAUAAUCACUCCUUUGAAUAAUUUAUUAUAUAAUUCAAGUUAUGAUAAUUUGGCACAACAUGGUAUUCAUCCUUAUUAUACACAUAUCUUGAUUAAUCUUCCACAAAUUUUAGGUCCAGGAUUGAUAUUUUUCAUAUCUAAAUAUUAUUCCAGAACAACUCCAUUUUUAUCAGUAAUAAGUGGAUUAAUAUUCCUUUCCAUUAUUCCUCAUCAAGAACUAAGAUUUCUAAUCCCAAUUGUCCCAUUAGCAUGUUGUUGUUUUGAUUUCACUUUAAAAUGGAUCAAACCUUGGAUGUUGUAUCUUUGGUAUUUAUUCAAUAUUUCUAUGAGUUUAUUAAUGGGAGUAUUCCAUCAAGGUGGUGUUGUUCCAGCUUUGGAUUAUUUAAGACUACAAAAUAAAGAUUCGGUACAAAUUUGGUGGAGAACUUAUUCACCUCCAAGUUGGAUUUUAGGAAACGACUCAACUGAAACUAUUGCAAUUGAUACCAUGAUUGAUGUUAAUAAAUCAAUUAAUAUAAUAGAUUGUAUGGGAACUGAUUUUGAGAAUGUUCAAAAAUUGAUAAACUCCAUUUUGAAUGACACCAGCAAGCCAGUUUAUCUCAUCACACCAAUUGCAUCUUUUGAUUAUUUCAAUGCUUCUCAAUUUAAACCAGUUUGGAAUUAUACUUUCCAUUUGGAUAUGGAUCAUAUUGAUUUUUCAAAUUUUAAACCAGGUUUAGGUGUAUAUGAAUUGUUAUAG